AACCUUUCGCAGUCCUGCCGGAGAUGGCAGACCUCGGAUGCCUGCACCUCGAGACUCGCUACCUCUCUUGGGACGCAGCUCGCAACAACUGCAAGGCUCUUGGCGGGGAUUUGUUCGUUCCUGCAGACGAAGAGCAGUUCAUUUCCCUGGGCAACUACUACUACCAAAUGGAUAUGUUAGUCAAAAAAUGGGUCGGAAUGUUCUUACACCAGUGGCUUAACGAUCGGCCUGAAAACGAAGUCUGGUACCCUGGCGAGCCGAACUACGACGGCGACUGCGCGUUAAUGCGGUCCUCGACCUUGGAGGAUAAGCCGUGCGAGCUUGAAUACUAUUCCAUCUGCCAGAAGUGAGGACUCCCGAGACGUACAGCCGCGCGGGGAAGUGGGGAGAUGCAAAGGAGAGGCGGGAGAAACCUCAUACUCCUCCUAUUAAUCUUCCUCCUCAUACUCCUCCUAUUGCUCUUCCUCCUCCUAUUACUCUUCCUACUCCUCCUAUUACUCUUCCUACUCCUCCUAUUACUCUUCCUCCUCAUACUCCUACUCCUCCUAGUACUCUUCCUCCUCAUACUCCUCCUAUUACUCUUACUCCAUUCGUGAUGGCGAAUGGACUAAUAUAGCAAGUCUAUGGAAGUCCAGAAGGGGUUAUACACAAACACACAAACACACACAAACACACACAAACACACACAAACACACA